UAAGGAAUCAAAAAAACGAAUGAACAUAGCUCUGCCUAGUGAAUUGCUCUUGCUCUUGCUCUUGCGCACUCUCUCUCUCAGUUCUCCAUUGAAGCGCACUCAACAUCGCAGUUGACGUUCUCCAUUACAAAUUAUUUGUUAUCAGCAGCUUCUAAGGAACUUUGUUCGAUUCGUGAGCAGCGAAUGUGGAGAGAUUUGGCUUUCAAUGCUCAUUUGCUAUAAAAACUGCUCAACUAAAUCUUACUGUAUGUUAGGCUAUGCUGUCUGAAGUUCUGGAAUGUAUCGGACAAUAUUAAAGUGCCCUCGGCGGUCCAUUGCUGAAUUGUUUUCUGGACCAUUAUUGCCAAAAAGGGGGAAGAAUAAUGGACAUCUUAUGGUGGAAUCAUUCCAAACUAUCGCUGGCACAAAAGAUCCCUUUAAUUUUGGCUACAUGGGAGAUACAAUGACCAAUCCCUUAGGUCUUCAAGUAGUCAAUGCUCUUCAAUUAGGUCACAGAAGCCAAGCUUCUUAUAUGCUUUCGGAUGCUGGUGCUGCAAUCCAUGCAAUUAAUGCUGAAGAUAUUGUUUAUAUUCUUGAAUACUGUGCAAGAUUACCGGAUCCAUUGUUUGUUAUGGAAAUUUGGAGAGUCCUUGAAGGACAUGAUAUUGCUUUGAGCUGGAAACACUAUAUGCUUAUUGUUCGUGCUCUAUGUAAUGGUGGUUACUUGGAAGAGGCUUUUCAUCUGGUGAAAUUUAUUGGAGAAAAUGAUCGUAUAAGUUUUAUUCUCCCUCUGUGCAAUUCUUUGUUGUCAGCAUGUACAAAAAUGAAAGAUGUGGUGCUUUUUAAUCAGUGCUUGGAUUUGAUGGAGAGCCAAUGCCUGGGGAAGAAUGAAGUUACAUAUUCAGCACUUCUCAAGCUUGCAGUUUGGCAGAAAAAUUUGUCUGUUGUGCAUGAAAUUUGGAAAGACCACUGCAAACAUUAUAAAGUGAACUUUAUUUCUUUGAGGAAGUUUAUAUGGUCUUUUACACGUCUGAAGGAUGUAGAAUCUGCAUAUAGAACAUUGCAACACAUGGUUGUUUUGGUGUCUAUAGAACACAUCCUUUUGCGUACAUCUGUGGAGGGAAAGAUUUAUUGCCCACAGCUGGACAUUCCUAUCCCUUCUGGCAGUGUGGUGUGCUCCAACCUGCAUAAGGACCAACAUGCCAAUUCUGCCUCUUCUAAUGGUGAAGGAAUGAUUAUGGACUCAAUUGAGGCUUUGCGGUGUAGUCCUUUACAUGCCGAAGAUAACAUGGACCGCUCAACUGUGAUAAAAAUGCUUAAGGAUCCGAGAAAGGAACCCAUAAAGAAGAUCUUGAGGUGGUCUUUCAAUGAUGUUAUACAUGCAUGUGGUCGUCAAAAGCCUAAAUUAGCUCAGCAAUUGAUUGUGCAGAUGCAAAAUCUUGGGCUGGAACCAUCAUCCCAUACUUAUGAUGGUUUGGCCAAAGCGAUUAUCCCAAGCAGAGGCAUCAACGAUACUUUGGAACUACUAAAAGUAAUGCGAGUUAAAAAUUUGAAGCCAUAUGAUUCCACUCUUUCGACCCUUUCGAUAUGCUGCAGCAGAGCUUUGCACUUGGAUUUGGCUGAAGACUUACUCAAUCAGAUUGCAGCAAGUCCUUAUGCUUUUCCGUACAAUGCUUUUCUUAGAGCAUGUGAUGUGAUGGAUCAACCUGAACGUGCUAUCAAAAUGUUGGCUAAGAUGAGAAAAGUGAAAAUUAAGCCAGAUAUCACAACAUAUGAGCUGCUAUUAUCUUUAUUUGGGAAUGUCAAUGCCCCAUAUGAAGAAGGUAACUUGUUAUCGCAUGCAGAUGUUGCUAAAAGGAUCAACAUCAUAGAAAUGGAUAUGCUCCAAAAUGGAAUUCAGCACAGUCAGCAUUCGAUGAAUAAUUUGUUAAAAGCCUUUGGCUCAGAAGGGAUGGUGCAGGAGCUGCUAAAGUACUUGCAUCGAGCAGAAAGCCAGUCCUUGGUCAAUAAUUAUCUUGGAACAGAUAUUUAUAAUACAGUACUGCAUUCACUUGUUGAGGCUAAAGAGAAUCACAAGGCAAUUGAAAUUUUCAGAAAAAUGAAACUAUGUGGGAUCAAGCUUGAUGCCGCUACUUACAAUAUUAUGAUUGAUUGCUGCUCAAAUAUUCGUUGUUUCAAGUCUGCAUGUGCUUUGGUUUCGAUGAUGGUUCGUGAUGGCUUUUCUCCUCAGAUGUUAACAUAUACUGCACUUAUAAAGAUUCUGUUGGAAUAUGAUGCUUUCACUGAUGCUGUGGAUCUUCUUGAGCAAGCUAUAUCAGAAGGAAAGAAACCUGAUGUAUUGCUUUUCAAUCCCAUUCUUCUAAAAGCAAGUUUAAAGGGAAGGAUCGAUGUUAUCGAGAUUGUGAUUCAGGCAAUGCAUAGGGAGAAGAUCCAACCAGAUCAAUCAACCUGUAGUCAUGUAUUUAGUGCUUAUGUUGAGAGAGGGUUUCUUGGCACUGCAGUAGAGGCGUUGCAGGUCUUGAGCUUGCGAAUGAUCUCCCUAGAUUAUGAGACUCUCAAGGAUAUGAGAAGGUUGUAUGAGAAUCUCAUUCUUAGUGAAGAACAAAAUGCUGACACACGUAUAUUACAGAUGUUCCGAGAUUCCGAGAACCUUGUUGCUGCUCUGUUGAAUCUAAGAUGGUGCUCCUUUGUUGGGUCCUCAAUUUCAUGGGUGCCUGAUGAGAGUCCAUGGGCCAAACGACUUGUGAGUGUUGCUGCCCAAACAACAGAUGUCUUGUGAAAGAGCACAUGAACUUUGACUGUCAUAUGGUGAAUUGGAAAUGAAGCUUUUAGCCAAUUGACUGGAUUCCACUCCUGCCAUGUAUUUUGAGGAGGUCUCUUUCUCAAUAUAUUGUGGUGUGCUGGUGUCAAGUGAAAAUGAAGCAUACAAUGCAAUUGAAACGCUCUCAUCAAGUCAUCUGCUCUUUUCCUAAUUGGAACUGAAGUGUUGGUUGAUAUGCUUGUGCAAUUUUUGUUCUAUCAGCAUCACCCGAGGUUCCUUCUUACAUUUUUGGACUGCUUAUGAUGGGAUAGAGAGGUGGUUACUCGCUGAAAGAUUUUCCUCUCCCUGCAAUGAACAAGGAGAAACAAUCUCAUACCAAAGAGUUUCCAGUCAGUCAUGUUUAUUUGAAUGAUGACAACAGCUCGAUGGCGAUGUGACUAUAGGUUGAGAGGGCAUCCUUUCUUACAGGACUCAGAUGUACGAAGUAUUUUAAUUUGGUAUUUCAAUAUUCAAAAAUACAGUGUGUGAUGGUUAAUAAUGGCUAAAGCAGUACAUGUAAAGGAUUGUAAUUCUCUUUUUUGGAUGAAAUCUGUCUUAAUUAUCUAUAGGAAAUGUUAAAGAAUUCAAGGAGGACCAUUUGCUUGUCUUUUUGUAAUGAUAUACUUCGUACUUGUAUAUGGUUGCUAAUUCUGGUUUUUAUUUAAAUUAACUACUACGGAGUAUAUUUUUUCAAUAAUAACGAAACAAAUGUUUUUGCAUAA